GCUCAGUGGCCUCUCAUGGCUGCUGGGGUGGGCAGGGGAGGUGGGUGCCUGUUGUCCACACCCUCAGUGAGCUGUCUUUCAUUGCAGUGUGGGCACAAUGCCUACAGCCAUGAGAUCCUGGGCGUGUUGUGGGAGCUUGCUCUGGUCAUGGAGAAGCUGCCAUCCUGGGCGGCCCCUCAGCCGGUGAAGAAGAACCUGCUGACGAUGCGGGACGAGGCGUACAUCUACCCUGAGCCGCUGGGGGUGGUGCUGGUGAUCGGUGCCUGGAACUACCCCUUCGCCCUGAUCGUGCAGCCGCUGAUCGGGGCCAUUGCAGCAGGCAAUGCAGUGGUGGUGAAGCCAUCAGAGGUCAGUAAACACACGUCCCAGCUGAUCGCUGAUAUCUUCCCCCAGUACCUGGACCAGGUGAGUGUGGCUCUCUACCUGAUGUUGGGACUGUCUUGAUGAAACACCUGUCUUGCUUUCAAAGGGCCCAGUGUGUUAGAGGUGAAUCAGUUCCCUGCUAUCUCCAAAAGGGAAUAAAAUUAGAGAUAUGGGAAGGGUUGAAUUAGUCUUAAGAGUACAGAAAUGCGCUGAUAUAUUCUUCCUGCUUUCAUGUAGCCUAUUGGGCCUAUGUAGUCUCCCUGUCUUUUUGAUGUUCAUCACAGUUUAAAGGCCUGCUCAGGUGUUUCUCACUGCAAUAGCUGCUGUAUGGGGUGCUGGCCUGUAGGUACGCACAAUUUUGUGCUGAAUUCUGGCUGUGCCUGGCUCUUCCUGAGAACCAGGGGCUGUUUGCUUAGUGGCUGUCAACCUCCACUUUUCACAUCCAGCUGUGCUUAGAGCACGGAGCUUUGUUUCUUCCCUGCUUGUCUGACAUCCAUUGCCCUGUUCCAGUGAGGCUGUUCCACUGACAGCACAGCUCUGCUGUACAAUUUGCUCUCAGGAGUUAACAGGUUCUCUAGGUGGGGAGGGAGAGUUGAGGAAGAGGAGAGCC